AUUUUAAAAUACAAUCCUUUCCCCCCUUGCGGCCUUGCUCUUUUUUCCUCUUCUUCAUCCAUGGCCGCUCCGCUUCCUCCGUCCUCAAAAUCACCAGAGCCCAUCCUAUCCAGUUUUUCCAUCACCACCGACCAUAUCAACAAUGGCGUCCAUGGAAUCUUAUCCGCUGAGUCUUCUUCCCAAUUUCCAAGUCCUUCGGUCGAAAAUACUUCUCCUUGCUCGGGAUCUCUGGAGGAAACCCCAGUAAAGGUCGCCAAUAAGCAAAAGAAAAAGACGAAGAAAAGGGCGCAGAAUCCAAAGGAAAACGCCGUAGCUCAACCAUCAUCUUCCUCUUCUUCUUCACCGCCUCAGAGAGUUACGCGCGUAGCCAGUACUCGCCGAAACCCUCGGGUCGUGUUCAGGGCGGCGCGUCGAAACUCCAUUGCUGAUGUGGUUGCGUUUCGUCUUGGAAUGUCAAUGGCCGCGUUUGUCUCUCAGAUUCUUGAGAGGAAAGAUACGCCAGAUAAAAGCAUGUCUGCUGAUCAUCUUGCACUGAUCUGUGCUUCUGCUGUUAGAGAAUCUUUAGCCAAUGAUUUCGGGGAUACAUUUGAUUGUUUUGUGAAGAACUUUGAAAAAUCAUUCAGCAGUACACUUAGGACUCUCAAGUUGAUCAAGGAAUCUUCAGUAAAUAUAAGAAAUGACCACAGAAAUCACAUAAAUGUGGAAAUGUCGCCUCCAGAUGUGCCUCAUAAUGUACGUGGAGGAGAUAGUGCAAGCAGUCUUAGUAUAGAAGGUUGCUCAACAAAAGAGCUCUUCCGCACUAUUGAAUAUCAGUUAAAUAUUGGAAACAACCAUGAAAAUCACAUAAAUGCGAAAAUUUCUCCUCCAGAUGUGCCUCAUGAUGUGGAAGAUUGUGUACACCAAAGAGGUAGUACAAGUAGUCUUGGCAUGAAAGGUUGUUCGACAGAAGAGCAUUUCCGCACUACUGUGACUGAAUAUCAGUUAAAUAAUAGUGCAGCAAUGAAACAUAAUGGGGUAACUGAACCUGAUAAUCUGGAGCUUGUAUUGCAUGGGCAAAGAGACCAACUGAGUUAUGUGUCUUCUAGGCCAUAUGGAUCUAUGACCAACCAGCCCAUGCUUUGCAACAUUGAUAAGUCUGUCAUGGAGCAAACCCGUUCUAAUGAUCUUAAAACAUUGGAGCUUAGUCUUUCAAUGAGAAAAUUGAAGUUGAAAGAGACGCAGCUUGCUCUGAAUUUUGAUUCCAAUAAUUUGGAAAGAACAAAAUUAGCUAUGGGUGUAUCAAAGGCAUCUUUUGAGGACAAAAAGUUCAAGACUCAAGUAGAAGACGUGAGACAUGCAGAGCUCCUCAGAACAUGCAUAGACUGUCUAGUUGCUGGUUUACUGAUCAUGGUGGGAUCUCUCCUUUAUGCAACGUAUAUAUAUUCAUACCAAAAAAUUACUGAAGCGACUGCAUCCUGCAAACCUUCAGAAAAGGAUUCGAGGUCUUGGUGGAUCCCAAAUCCAAUGGCUUCAAUCAAUUCGGGGAUGCACAUACUCAGUUGUCAGUUUCAAGCUGUUUCCAGAAUGAUGUUUGGUAUCUUAAUGAUUAUAUGCACUGCAUAUUUAGUUUUCCAGCGAUCAGGGUCUUCGCCACAAACAAUGCCCGUCACUUUCCUGGUCAUUCUUUUAGCAUUUGCUUGUGGUUUUGCCGGCAAGGUGUGUGUAGAUUCAUUGGGAGGGAGUGGAUACCAUUGGAUUCUAUUUUGGGAGACCAUCUGUCUGGUGCAUUUCUUCUGCAAUGUCUGGACAUCCACUUUGUUCUUUUUACUAUAUGGACCCGUUAAUGUCUCUCAAGGAGUGAAAGACAAAACAAGGCUUCCAUAUUGGGUCCGCAGAGUCAUGUUUUAUGCGACUCUGCUUCUGUUUCUACCAUUGCUUUGUGGUCUUAUCCCUUUUGCAGGCCUCAAAGAAUGGAAAGAUCACUUUCUGUUGCGAAUCACUGAUUAUCUGUGGGCUACUGAGGAUUGAAGAUAUUCAACUUAUUUAUCUUUUUGAGUAUUUGCUUGUAUUGUAAAUGUCCAGUUGUGUCACUCUUGUAUCAAAACUAAAAUAACGGUGCCAGCUUACUUUGUCUUGAGCGGUGGACAAGUAUAAGUUAUAAUAGGAAUAUGAUGUAAAUUAUGUUAAAUCAAUUUUUGUGUGCUUUCUUUUACUCGUCAAGCUGUUGUAAUUUAAGUGGUAUAUGAUUUUCGUUUUGUUAAUGAAAGCGAGCUUCUUUAUGUA